UCCCGCUCUCAUCCAGACCAGAGCAGCCGCAUCAAAAGACCAACAGGAAAUCCAGUGUGAGGACAGGAAACGCUAUGAUUGAGAGGAUCUGCAGUGGCCUGAGGGACACGGCGUGACGUGCUGGAGCUCUGUUCAUGGACAGGUGAAUAUCAAGCCGUGUUCAUGCUGCUCACGGGGAGAAGAGCUGCACUCAGAGUUCAGCUCUGGAUUCUUAUUGUGCUUCUCUACAGCGGUCAGGUCACGGGCUCCAUGCUGGAUGAUCUGAUCUAUAAACGUGGUGAAUAUCAAGAGAACUGCACACGGUUCCUGAAAGCCACUUUUCCUACUGGAACUGGAAUUUUCUGCAAUGGAGCAUUUGAUUUUUUUGCCUGUUGGCCACAUUCAUCUCCUGGGAUCGUGUCUGUACCCUGCCCUCCUUAUUUACCAUGGAUCAAAGAAGGUGCUACUGGAAACGUGUACAAGGAAUGCACAGUCAACGGGACCUGGAAAACCGAGGAGAAUUCCAGCACUAUAUGGAGAAAUCAGUCAGAAUGUGAAAACGAUUCUUUUUUCAAGUCCAAGGAAGAAGAAGUGUUUCGGCAGUCUGUGCUGAGAGUCUUGUCCAUUGUAGGAUACUCGCUGUCAUUUUCCACUCUUUGCUUGGCUGUUCUGAUCAUGAGUCUUCUGAGGAAGCUUCACUGUACGAGGAACUACAUCCACAUGAAUCUCUUUGUAUCAUUCAUAUUUAGAGCCAUAGCAGUAAUUAUCAAAGAGGUUAUAUUACAAGUCGUGUAUAAAAACAUGCCCAGGGAUGAGAUCGGUUGGAGCAGCUACACAAAUUCUACGAUUUCAUUCGUCUGCAAGGCUUCAAAGGUGUCGCUGGAAUAUUUUGUUGGGUGUAAUUACUUCUGGCUGUUAGUGGAGGCGAUAUUCCUGCACAUGCUGCUGUUCACUGCAGUUCUGACCAGGAAAAGACUUCUUAAGAAAUAUAUGAUUAUAGGAUGGGGAACUCCAUUACUGUUUGUGAUUCCAUGGACUGUUGCCAAAACUUUGUAUGAAAAUAAAAGCUGUUGGUUAAAUAACAUCAGUUGGAUCUGGUGGAUAAUUAGAGGCCCAUUAACUUUAUCAGUGAUUGUCAUAUUUUGCAUUUUUCUGAAAAUCAUCAGACUUCUGCGUUCCAAGUUAAAGGCUGACCAGGUGAAGUUCACUGACUACAGAUACAGUUUAGCCAGAGCAACGCUUGUGUUGAUUCCUCUGCUCGGGGUCCAUGAAAUUGUCUUUACAUUAAUUAUAGACGAAUCAGUUGAGGGAAACAUCCGCUACGCUCGAAACUUCAUCAAUCUGUUCCUGAGCUCUUUCCAGGGAUUUUUAGUUGCAGUGCUGUACUGCUUUGCAAAUGGAGAGGUCCAGGCUGAGCUGAAGAAGAGGUGGCAGCUGUUCAUUUCCUCCAAUCACUUUGAGGCGCACAACUGCUUUGCAGAUAUUCACCCCAAACACCUGUGGAAGUGCUCACAAAAGAGACCCAGACAAACCACAGAACAGAGCGGAUCCAAUGAGGAGGGAAGCCCCGCCCCCACACAGGGACAUCCACUGCAGGUGACCGUCCAAUCAGCAGAGGAUUUGCAGUGUGGGCGGAGCUUCGGCCUGGAGUUUUACACGAGGAAGAGCCUCUCCAGCAGCGAUGGGGAAAUGACUUUAGGAGAGACAAUGGAGGAGAUCAUAGAGGAGAGUGAGUUUUAACGUCUGUCAUCGGCCCCAGUUUCACAAUGAUUUUUCUAUAAAUAUGUAAAUAAGGAUGUGUGUGUAUAUAUAUAU